AAUGGAUUUUUAGCAUAUUUCAUAUCAAAAAUAUUUGAGUUAACUGACUCGAUGAUUAUCAUACUGAGACACAAGACAUCUCAGAAAAACUGUCUUCACUUUUAUCACCAUUCUUCAAUGCUGUUCCUGGUUUGGCUGGGCCUGCGAUACUUUCCAGGAGGAAGCAGCGUAAUAUUGGCAUCGAUCAACACAUUUUUCCACGUGAUCACAUAUCUUUACUUUCACAUCGUAACGUUACACGUAGGUGGAGCAAAGUUGUCGUCCUUUAAAACUGUUGCAACAAUCAGCCAAAUUGUGCAAUUCAGCUUGGGCAUCGCACAUUGUAUAACGGCUGCCAUUAAAAACUGUGGCUAUCCACGUUCGGUGUUGAUCUUGCUGAUUAUUUAUAUUGCGUCUUUUAUACUUCUUCACGUUGGUCGUGGUUAUAUUCCGGGACACAUUAUUUGCCAAGGGCGAGGGGAUGAUGACCUUUCACAGACUGUUCCAUCAGUCACGCAUUCACAACGAAGUCCAGCUCCAUCAAUUUCUUCGGCAAAUUCGACAUUUUUGCCACGGCCUGCCUCAAUGCCUUCUGAAACUAAAACUGCAAUAAUAAAGCAAUCGAAGAAACAAAUUAGUGAAUUUGGUGGUUCUACUAGCAAACAAGGGACUGCAAAUAAAUACAAUGGCUCAAUAGUGUCCACCGUAGAUGGAGAUGAAGACAUUAGAGUAGUAUCAACUGCAAUGAAUGAAUUUGGGACGUUUUUAAGUAGAAGACAAAGACCUCGACCAAUUGAAAAUUCAUUAGACCGAUUAGUCGCCAAUGGCAUAAAACUAAUUAGAGACGUAAAAACUAAAACUUUGUAAUUCAAUUUCCUCAAAUAAGUCAAUGUAAU